AGGCGUUGCUGUGGACGGAGAGACGGGGACGUGAGCCCCCCAUCUGCUCGGUGUGCGGGCUGAGCUUCGAAGGAUUGAGCUUCGGUGGAGGACCACAUGACGGCGCACAACAAGGAUAAGCGUUAUAAGUGCGAUGUAUGUGGCACGGCCUGCCAGAGCCCGAGCAAGCUGGACAUCCACCGGCGGGUGCACACAGGAGACCGCCCCUUCGACUGCUCGGAGUGCGGCAAGAGUUUCAAGACGGCGAAUGUCCUGGAGGCCCACCGGCUAUUGCACACGGGCGAGAGGCCCUAUGGCUGCUCCACAUGCAGCAAGAGCUUUACCAGGUUGUCGGGGCUGCGGAACCACCAGCGGGUGCACAGCAGUGAGCGGCCCUUCACCUGCUCCGACUGCGGCAAAGGCUUCAAGUCGUCCAAGGACCUGAAGUUGCACAGGCGGUUCCAUACCGGGGAACGGCCCUUCACCUGCAGCGACUGCGGCAAGGGCUUCACCCAGUCCAGCACCCUGGUGAAGCACCAGCGCACCCACACCGGCGAGCGCCCCUACACCUGUACCCAGUGUGGCAGGGGUUUCAUCGAAUCCAGGCAACUGCUGGUACACCAGCGCACCCACACCGGCGAGCGUCCCUACACCUGUACCACGUGCGGCAAGGGCUUCGCCCAGUCCAGCACCCUGGUGGGCCACCAGCGCACCCACACCGGCGAGCGCCCCUACACCUGUGUCCAGUGCGGCAAGGGCUUCUCCCAGUCCAGCAACCUGCUGGUGCACCAGCGCACCCACACCGACGAGCACCCCUACACCUGCAUGAGCUGGGUGAUCCGGAAAUUGGAGGCCAGCAUUCAAACUGCAUUCAAGCUGCUUCCUGUUGUGCCCAAGCAAAAGAUAUUGAAAAUGGUGGGAGAGGAUGUGUUUCCUGAGAAGGUGCUGGCUUCUGUCAACAGAAGUCUUAAGAGAGGAUGUGUUUCCUUUGGAGUUGGGUCUCUGUAA